AUGGCCAGUGAGGAUCGGUAUGGACUGGUUGAACUGGUAUGGAUUGAGGUUGCUGCAAGUGUUGGAUACGAGAUGGCCAGUGACAGGGCAGUAACCAUGGAAACUCCAAUAGCAAACUUGUCCAUAAGAUCAUCUUCAGUCAGAUCAAGCACCUCUGGGUUAAAAACUGAACCAUUGUCAUAA